GCUGCCGUGGUUGCCACAUACGACAAUUUGGGCGUGAAGUUUUCUUAUCCCGAGAACUGGCGAAUUUCGGAAGAUCAGACAAACGCCUGGCCCCGAAGUGUCUCGGUUCAUAGCCCCACUGAAGCGUUCUGGACGUUGAUGAUCUACGAACCUGGCACCGAGCUAGAAGCAUUGGUCGACGCCGUUCGGGACGCGUUAAGUGAAGAAUACACCGACUUCGAGUCGGUUCCCGCCGAGCAAACGAUCGAAGAUGUCGAACUGAUCGGCUGCGACUUGAACUUCUACUGCUUGGACUUCCUGGUGCAAGCCAAAAUUCGCGCAAUGAUGCUCGGCGUGCGUCCCUGCGUAAUCCUCUGCCAAGGGGAAGAUCGCGAGUUCGAGGAAUUGGAUCAGGAGAGCCUCACGAUGUCCAUUUCGACCGAUCUCCACGAAGACACCAUGCAGAAGAUUGGGGAAACGGCAGGCCACGUCUGGUGCUACCUAUCGACCGAAGGGCCAGUCACGAUCACCAAACUGACGAAGGAGCUCGGCGAAAAGAAAGAUAUCGUCCUGCAAGCCGUUGGCUGGCUCGCCCGAGAGAACAAGCUGUACUUCUUUGAAAAAGGCCGUAACAAGCUAAUCGGCCUGAUCGACGAGCAUGGAUCGCCCACCUAA